AUGGAAGCUUUGCUUAGGAUUAUUUCAGUGGUUAUGUUGGCACUAACGGCGUGUUUGGUAGCAUUCGACUCCCAAACAAAAACUCUCUUCUUCACUCUAACCAAAACCGCAACUUUCAGAGACAUGAAUGCUUUGUAUGUGAUAGUGUGGAUUGAUACUGCUGUGGCUACUUAUAAUCUGCUCCAACUCUUGAGAGGUUACAUGUUGCCGGGCUUCAGAAAAGAUCUCACACCAUCUCAUAGAUUUGUGGGUUGGGCUGUGUAUUUAUUGGACCAGGUAGCAACGUACACUGUUUUCGCCGGCAACACGGCGGCAGUUCAGGCGUCGAUGCUGGCGGUUACCGGAGAAAAAAGUCUCCAAUGGAUGAAGGUUUGCAAUAAGUUUACUAGGUUUUGCACCCAAAUUGGUGGCGCUUUAUUAUGUGGAUAUGUUGCAGCCAUUUUAAUGGUCAUCACAUCUUCCAUAUCUGCCUAUGGCCUAUUCAGACUUUACUCACCUAAGAUUUAA